UAUGUUUCUUUGUCGGCUCGCUGUUUGGCGAACGGCCGCAGUGCCUAACACUGCCUGGUACACUGUCCCACUUCGCUUUCACUUUCCUUCCACCUCGCGUGUAGGAACUAGAUGCGCUCGAAGAUCAUGAGAGAUCAUUGAUCGCGCCUUUCUUGAGGCAACGUAUCCUUUAGGCGAUUUAUUGUGUGGAGAGAUGAUUUAAUGCAACAUCUGCUUUACAUAUGUGUGCGUGUGUGUGUAUGUGUGUGUGCAGCCAGAUAGUAUUCUUCUUUCUUACUAUAUUUUAACGUGUGUCACGUUUAAAAUAAAAGAUAAUGAAGUUAUUUAGCUGACAAUAUUGUUCUUUGAUUUUUAUGUUGUAUGUGCGUGCCAAAGUAUAUUUCUCGUUUUUAAAUAUUUUAUGGUUGAAGAAAGGAAAUAAUUAUCCUUGGGAGAUAACACUCUUUAGAUUAAGUUGAAUACCGACACUUGAGACGUGAUAAUGAUUCAGAUUGAGUUGGAGAACUUAAACAAUGCAACAGAUGAUAUUAAUAAGCUGGAAACUGAAUUGGAUGAAGCUCACACUGCUUUUAGGCAGCUUCUUUCUGACACGACAAGACGGCUGAAAGAAAUCACUGAUAAGUUAGGCACUAGUUGUAUUGAGAAAGCAAGAUGUUAUUACGAAGCAUUGGAGAUGGCUCGUCAAGCUCAGGUGCAAUGUCAACAGCAGGCACAACUAUUUCAACGAGCCAGCGAAAUUCACGCGGCCGCGAAGGAAACAGUCGCUCUGGCCGAAGCGCGAUUCAUGUCGCACCAGCAUGAGUGGAAUUUCGACCAGGCAUGGCAGGAUAUGCUCAAUCAUGCUACUAUUAAAGUAAUGGAUGCAGAGAAUCAAAAAGCUGAAUGCGGCCGAGAACAUCAUAGAAGAGCAAUGCUGUUUCACGAUGCUGAAAAGAAACUAGUGCAGUUAGAAGAGAAGCACCGACGCUCGAUAAUAAAAGCGAGGCCGUACUUUGAAGUGAAGGCUCAAUGUGAUCAAAUGCUAGCGACGCAGAAGGAGAGAGUAGAGCACUUACAACAAACUGUUAAAGAAGCUAAACGCAACUACGCAACGAGUCUCCGGACACUAGAGGAUAUCAGUAAUCAAAUACAUCAGCAACGAAGAGAUUACGAUAUCGUGGUUAAUGGACCGCGAGAACCUGGUGUUGGCGCCGAGCUAAUCGGUUCCGAUACAUGUCAGAAGCGUGAAAAAGAAUUUAGUGCUUCCGACAAUUGUAAAAUAUCCUCCAUUAGGUAUAAUGAAAGUGGAAACAACGAAAAACUACGCAAUAUCGAAAAACCUUGUUUAACGAAGGAAGACACGGAAAAACUUGACAAAAGAUCUGUGGACGGUAGCGAAAGCAAGUUUACGCAGUGGGAGUUGGAGCUGCAAGCUAGCAUGGAGAAAUUAAAUCGCUUGUCGCUCGAGAAUCCAUUGUACAUCAAGGAGCGCGAAAACGCACUUACUUCUGCCGAUCUACCGAACACCGUUGAAGACCGUGCUGUGAGCGAAGAGUGCUACGACUUCUUAUCCGUUGGACAAUUGAACGCGCACAGUUUGAGCCAACUUCCGAGAUCGACCAAAGAUUCGGCAAUUCUCGAGAAAGAUGCAUUUACUGACGGGUCGUCGCACUUGAAAAGAUCGUUCUCAACGACUAACUCCAUCACGACCCAACGCAGUCCUACGGCGAAAGUUGUUUCGAAGAGCAAUACCUCCAAAUCACUGAGCAGUAGUCCAGUGAACAGAAGAACGUCCAACUUCGAGAAUAGGAACAUCACGGAGAAAGCUGCGAGUGUAGAUAUGACGAAAUACGUGCCAAACAGAAUCUCUCAAUUUAAUGUCAAUGGCAAAGCAACUCAGAGCAGCUGGACCAUCGGUGUUCCCAACGACGUUGACGUCGAUGUCAUAAAUAAAAGACAAAAAAGAGAUGAUUAUAGUAAUACAAACGACAACUUAGUCAGUAAGAGCCACUUAGAACUUACGAAUUUACCUUACACGCAAGCUUCUCGUAACGUCGAGUUUCUUCCCGCGAAAACUAACUCAUUAGAAGGUGUCGGCCGACCUACGAAUUCGCAGGACGAUGCUACGUUAUUGCCAAUACGAUCUAGCUGUAACAUUUCGCAGAAAAGCGCAUCGUGCAGUGCCAACUCGAGCCCGAUAAAACUGAAGAAGUCGUUAACGUCAUCCUCUGGUUUUUCGGAUAGCGAAAUAUCAGAACAACACCUCAGCGAACGAUCAGCUGUCAAGAAGUUUGCUGUCAAAACCGCCAGUAUCAAAGAGUUACCGUUAUUGUCGCUCUUCGGACAAACGUCCACAUUGUCGGCGAUCCGAGGUAAGAGUUGCAGCAUGAUCGACUUGGACAGUAAACAGAAUCUGAAGAUGCUGCUGGAUAACUCUCGCUUGGGCGAUAUACAAGCGGUCAGUGCGGAAAGAUUAGCGUACGUGAGACACAAAUUAGUCAACGAUAAUCUUUUGGCGACAAAGACGAACGAUGUUAAGAAAUAAGUACAAGAACAAGCUAGAUAAGAUAAGUUAUUCUUGUGAUAAACGAAUUUUAUGUUUGACGCGUGUAAGUAGAGAAUUGUUAAUAACGUUAAGAAACUCACAUGUAUAAUGAAAGGUUGUAGCAGGGUUGCUGUAAUUUAAGCGACAAAUUUCAAACGUUAUACAAAAAUUUGAAACGUAAAAUUGAUUUCUACAACUGUUGCCAGUUGUACGCAUUAUGUGUAUACUAUUGAGAUUUAUUAAUCAUAUACACAGUUGGAUAAUUAAAAGUCGCAACAUUUCUUCUCGAUAAGUUUUUCGUGAUAGGAGAAUCUGUUUUUCAGCAAUUCUCCGGGAGAUAAAUUUUCCCUUUGGACACGGGACGUGUUGCAAAACGUGUUUUUUGUGAAUGUGUUGUUUCUUCGAAAAAAAGGUUCGCGACCUUUAAGCACCUGACUCUGUAGUAUUGAUCAUAUGUAUAAAUAUUCGCAGACUAAAUAAUAUCUCAUUUGUAAAUUCACUUGAUCGCAAUGACGCGAUUUCCGAACAGCUCGAGCUGAACCAGUAAAAGAUCCAGACAUAUAGAUUUAUUAAGUGCAAAUCUACGCGAUUAUUUACAAUUACGCGUUACACCUGCCAUCGAUAAUUAAGCAGGCAUGUCGUUUACUAUUUUCUAAGCUCUUUUAAUAUGUGCUUUUUUUAAUAAAACAGAUUUCUUAACAAGCA